CAGCGGGCAGCGCGGGAAAGAGAGCUGGUCUCGCGCGCGGCAGAGGACGGCUAACGGCCGCGGCGCGAGGCGAGGCGAGGCGAGGCGAGAGGAGAGGAGAGGAGAGGAAGGAAACCUGCCCGCCCCGCCCCGCCCCUCGGCGAGAAGGGCGGGGCAUUCCCGCCCCGAAGGGCCAGUCAGCCACGCCCACUCCGCGCGGGGCGGGGAAGCCCUGCUCGGGCAGUUGGAGGAGAGGGGCAUGGAGGUGACAGCAUCGCAGCUGGGACACCACGGUGCCGGGCAGAGACCUGGCCGAGUCAAGCGGCGCAAAACCAAACGGGAGCGCAACUCCGCCAAGUUCGGCAAGAACACUGCGGUCGGAGGUCGGGAGCAGAGGCCUGGCUGCCAGACGCUUCAGAGGAUGCCGGCCCUGGGCUGGAGCUCGCACUGUGCUGGCUAUGCCAAGUCCACCCCUCUACCAGCCAUCAAAAGGGACUCUGGCUCCAUGCCGGUCAUCAUAACCCAGCACAGGCUCAGUCAGCACCUGGGCAUGUUUAACAGGGAGGUGAAAUCAGCUGACAUCAAGAGGCUGCUGGAUCCCCGAAGUGAGCGAGAGACAGAGACAAAUGCUGCAAUCCCUGGUGCAAUCAGCCAGGCUUGGGAACCCUGUGCCCCUGGUCAGACGUGUGCUCCAGACAGACAGCAUGGGACCAGCAUGCCUGUACCCCACUCAAUGGGCGAAGGGCCCCAACCUACAACUGCCCCCACUGCCAGAGAGCUGGGCCCAAGUCACUUUGAAACCACGGUGGUGGAGACAGGAGAUUCCCAGGCUGAGGUCCCAGCUCCCCUGGAUGAGAAGGAGAAUGUUCCCCCUAGUGGGGCUGAGCCAGGCGGUGCCACCGCCGCCAUGAGGGAGCUGGCCCAGGAACUGCAAACCCAUCUCAACCUGACGUCAAUGUUCCCGGGGCGCAAUCUGAUCAGCGAAAGGCGCCAGACAAUACUCUGCACCCUGCUGGACCGGCACCAAACUCUGCCCGAUCUCUCUGCCCUAAUGGUGCAUAACAAGCUGUGCGGUGGCUCUGCCCAGGGAGCUUUCAGGAGCCCAGAUGCCAGGGGGCAGGAGCUGCUGUUGGAUCUGGGAUCAAAUGGCAGCUGGAGCUCUGAACAGGGCAUUUCGGGGAAGAGGAGAAGGGGACAGGACGUGUUGGCCUUCAGGAGCCCCAGCCCUGUGCACACGGUCAUUAAAACGGGAGAGAGGAGAGCAACCCGAAGGGAGGAUCUGGAAUCCCUUGGAGCAUGCGAGCCGUUUGGCCAGCACAGCAUGCACCCCACAGCAGCUCCGUUCCACCAUGCGCUUCUGUCCGGCUCGGCCCUACACACAUGCACAAUAGCCACCGUCACCCCGCAAGCCCCAGGCCCCCUGCCCAGAGCUGCUCCGUGCUGUGGGAGAUCCUGGGAAGCCAUCUGGGAGCCCAGGACCAGGCUCAAGAGAGCCAGCAUGGCCUUUAGGCUGGCCCGAAAGGAGCAUGCCUCCGAGGGACAUGGUCAGGGACACUGGAUGCCAUUUGCAGCUGGGGAUUCGGUGCGGACAUUGGGUCUGGACAGCAGGAGCCCUGCGGAGUUCCCCUUGGCUGGGUCUCCCCAGCACCCCUGUGCCCACCGGCUGAGCCCAGAGCUGUGGCAGGUGCUGCAGACCCAGACCCAGAGUAAGCAGCCCCCACUGGAGGUACACACUUCCCAGAUCAUGGAGAGAGCCGCCUCGGAGACGCAGACCUCCUUCGAUGUCCUGAAAAGCAUCUGGAGCCCCAACCACCCCAGCCGGGCAGCAGAGGUCCUGGCCCCCCGAGCGCUGGCGUGGCCUUGUCUAGGGCACAGGGCUGUCUCCUGGGAGCUGUGCUCAGAACCGGCACUCCUCCCGCAGGUCUGCUCGCUGCAUAGGCAGGGGCCUCACCUGGAACCGCUUCUGCCCCCCAGAGAGGCUCAGAAGCCCAGGCAUGCCAGUGGGCUGUUGGUGAAGCCCAGAGACCAUUGCCAGAAGCCGGCAUCCAUGGAGCCAGUGAGAGCCCCCAACUGCUACCAGCCAUGGGAUUCCAGAGCUGCCACUCCCAGAACCUGGGAUCUGCCGGAAGCCAGUGGGGAAGGCUGCCCCAGUGCUGGGGGGUGGGAGAGCAGGUUCCCCCUGGGGGGGGCCCAGCAGCUACGCACACUCCAGCAGCUGCCCAUGUCCUUCUUCCCCCCCUCAGAGGCGCUGGAGCAUGGCCACUCACCGCAGCACACUCUGCACGGAUACCUCCUAGAGGAGGGCAGCCCUGAGGCCUGGGUCUUCCCCCGCAUGAAGCUGUACUGAGAGAUCCUGGCAGGGGGAUGAAGUGCAUUGGGAGCCCUGGCACCUCCGGCUGGAUUGGGGCGCUCACUGGUCCCUCCGCUCCCAGCUGCCUUUCCUCGGAGCCCUGUGCGGCGUCAGUCAGUACCGGGAUCCACUGUGUGGCCUUAGGGGCCUGCGCACAGCCCAACUCUGUCAUGGUCAGAGUAUCCGCCCCUCUUGGGUCCCCCAGGCCACCUCCCAAGCAGGGGCCUCCCCCCAGAGCCGAGGUCAUGUUUAGAGGCUCCUCAAUAAAGGCCAGUUGUCAAUAAGCAGCACUGUGGGGGUUUCCUUGGAGGCAAGACAGUUCCAUGGAUUCACAGCCAUGCCAGGCUGGGGGGCAGGUUCCACUUCCCCCUCUUGCUAGCCCCGUUCCCAGGCCCCUCUCACCAGCCCUUGGGAUUAGCAUCACUGCCUUCAGCCCCCAGGAGCGUGGGCCAUUCCCAGAGGCUCUCUGAGGCCAAGGCAGCCCUGGAUGCAUUGUCCUUCCGAGCCAGAGCAAAGGCCUGGGGCCAGGAGCCUUGCAUGGACCCUGUCACUCCCCCUCUGUGAGCCCCCAUUGCAGAGAAUUGCCUUUAAGAAAACUGCCCCCGAGACACCCCCGGGGGAUCCGCAGAAGCCUCAGGCAGUGGGAUUUUCCAUCCCUGAUGUUUGCUGCCAUAGGCAGCAUGACACGUCCCCCCGCCUGCACAAGCAGAUGGCUGGUUGAGCGCAUCCCACUCUGCUUUCCUGUUGGGGUCGUCUCAGUCGCCCGCCCCUCUCCAGGGCCAGUGGCCUUCCAAACCAUAAACUAAACCAGGGACCCAGAUGGCUGGGGGCUGGCUGGCUGGAGAGACAGAGGGAUAGACAGACAGACAGACAGAUCUCCCCCCAGGCUGAAUGCUCUGUUAUGCCCCUGUACAGAUCCUCAGUCACUGAGUCCCUGUGGCCAGGCUGUCACGCUGGGAUUCCCCCCAGUCAGGGUCAGAUUGCUCAUGGCUUUCGUAGUAGCUGUUCCCCUAGCCCCAUUGCCCCUGAAGGAUAUUAGCUGGGAGUCGGGACUGCUCUGACCCUGCCCAACCUCCCUCUGGGCACCCGGGAACUGUAAUUUUCAGUUCUCCUGCUCCGCCUCGUUCCCUCCCCCGCACCAGCCCCUGGACCCCCACCAUAGAUCCAGCUCCCUUUGCCCCCUCUUACAGAGCUGCCAUGCAUAGCCCCUAGUGUCUGACCACUUCCCCUGGAGUUCUCCAGCCUGUGUCCUCCAGGUUCAAGGGGGACCUUGGUCAGAUGUGCCCAGGCAGAGAGCAGGUCUCACAGCCUGGGACCAGCCCUAGGCCAGAAGCUGCCUGGGCCCUGGCCCACCUGCUCCUCCUGUGGAGUUUGUCUCUUAGUUCCCCUGCAGGGUCCAUUAGUGGAUGUACUGUAGCUGUAGCUGUGUGGGUCCCAGGAGAUUAGAGAGAGAGGGUGGGGGAGGGGAUCUCUUUU